GUGUUUACGGUUCCCGAUUGGCGACCCGUCGCCAUAUGUCAGAAUUUCCUUAGCUGAAGUAAAUUUUGGGUUAAAACCCAUUUAUUUAACCGUUUUCCUCUUUUGGAAAACGGCUAACGCCUUGUGGGGCGCAACACUUCCCACGCCGAGGAGAAACUGCGCUUUUCAAGGGGCGAGGCCCCGCUUUUUGGGCACUUGUUUUUUGUGUUAGCACACAGGCUUUUUUAACUGAGACAUUUGGAUUGUGUCUCUCUGUUUUUCUCGGUUUGUUUGUGGUCAUGAUGUCGCCGUAAUGGGGUCUCCGCGUUUGUCAGAAAUGAAUAAGGGCCUUCGUCGCCUGACCCGCAGCCGCAACAACCCGUUUACCCCGUUUAAUGCUAGAGAGCUCGGAGGCUCUCAUCCCGGAGUUCGGCCUCAACAUGGAGAAAAACCCAAACGCCAACAACAACAGCAGCAGCACGAAGAUCCCGCCCCGUUCCAGCUCUACAGGCCUCAACCCGACAGACUCUAAAGCCAAAACAGACGGUAAAAAUAAUGGGGGCUCAAAGCGCUACAGCCGUAAGCGUGAGCCCACUUUUGCCAAGGCUGAGAGCUUUCCAGGCCCACGCCGCUCACAGCCACAAAAAAAUAAGAAUUUUGACAAGAGACCCCCUCAGAGAGGUGGCGCAGGGGUGCGACAGUAUGGACUCGCUGGUGGUGGGAGAAGAGAAGAGGUAGCAGAAAACCGCCGGGCAGAGUUUAGCCCGGCUCAGUUUGCUGGACCCAAAAAGAUAAGUCUGAACCACCUGCUUAACUUUACGUUUGAGCCAAGAGGAGGCCAUUUUGGCUCCGGAGGAGAUGUCCAUUCCUGCUGGGGUCGCCGCAAUAAGUGGGGUCACAAACACAAGCCCUUCAACAAGGAGCAUUUCCUACAGGCUAACUGCCAGUUUGUGGUAAGUGAUGAUCAGGACUAUCAAGCCCACUUCACUGAUCCAGACACUUUGGUGGACUGGGACUGCGUGCAGCAAGUGCGCAUCUACAGUCAUGAGGUGCCAUCUUGUCCGAUCUGCCUGUAUCCCCCAGUGGCGGCCCACAUGACUCGCUGUGGCCACAUCUACUGUUGGCCAUGCAUGCUGCACUACCUCUCUCUGAGUGAGAAGAGUUGGUCCAAGUGCCCCAUUUGCUAUGAGGCCGUGCACAGCGGUGAUCUCAAGAGUGUGGUUGCAAUGGAGACCCGUCAGUAUGUGUCCGGUAACUCCAUCACGAUGUGUCUGAUGCGAAGAGAGAAAGGAUCUCUGGUGGCUCUUCCCAGCUCUCAGUGGGUUAAAGUGGAGGAGCCCAUUCAGUUUGGAGAUGUGCAAUUGCGUUCAUACUCCAAGCUGCUGCUGGCGUCUCGGCAGCAGGUUUUGGGUUUGCUGGCUGAAGAGAGGAUGGCUCUCCAAACCCAGCUCAGCCAGGAGAAAGACGACCCGCAGGCCUGUUUCAUACAGAGCGCUUUACUGCAGCUGCAGGAGCGAGAGGAGACUCUAUUGAAACGUCGUCGUCGUAAGACUGCUGGUUCUGUUGAUGGGGUGGACAUGAGGAAACUCUCUCUGUCUGAACAAUCCUCUGCAGAGGUGACUGUGGUCAAGAACCUCACAAACUCAAAGCCCAUUCUGCAGUAUGCUUCAGCAUUUGACGAUGAGGUGCAGGAUGCUCAAGAGGAGGUGCUGGAGGAAAUGACCAAUUCCAGUGUUCCUGAGGUGGCUGGAGAGAUGCCUGAAGGAGACGUGGAGGACCUUCCUGUAGAAGAGACCCCUCAAUCCAGUCAGACCGCUCAUCAUGGCCCAUAUUACUACUUCUAUCAGGCGGAGGACGGUCAGCAGAUGUUUCUUCACCCAGUGAAUGUGCGAUGUCUUCAGAGGCAGUAUGGGAGCUUGGAGAACAGCCCUCAGACCAUCACUGCUAAUGUUGUGGAGAUUGAUGGACAGACGGUCACUGAGGAUAUUCGCCGUCGGCACCGUUACCUGUCUCACCUGCCCCUCACCUGUGAGUUCAGCCUCUGUGAGCUUGAUCUUCAGCCACCCAUCCUCUCGAAAGAAACCUUGGACAGUUUCGCAGAUGAUUUGGAGAAAAGGAAACGCUUGCGACAGAAGAAAGUGAGGGAUGAGAAAAGAAGGGAGAAGAGGAUUGAGAUGGAGGAAAAUAGGAAACAGGGCAAAUACCCAGAGGUGCACAUUGGGCUGGAAAACCUCCAUCAUUUUCCAGCUUUUGGUUCUCCUCCUCAGAACGGCCCACCGCUGCAUCUUCCAGAGGUUCUGCUGGGACCCCCUUCUCCUCUGAGCAGCAGCCCAUCUUCAGAUGGAGUAAUGUUCCCUAAUCUCAGUGAGCACAGCCCGUCUCUGAGUGUAGUCAGUGUGGAAGAAGACUCUCACUGCAUGUCAUUUGCUCAGAUGCUGAAAGGUGGCAAAGCUCGUGUGGAUGCAGGGCCUAAAACCACCCCAAAGAAAGGUGAAUUGCUUGACCUUACUGUUAAAUUUGUCUCUUGCUGGUCCACUGUUUAUGUACCAUUAUAUUUAGUGGUGAUGUGUAUGUUUUCCCCCACAGCAGACCCAUUUCUGGCUCCUCCUGCAGCAGACAGUGAUGGAGAGAGUGAUAACUCUGAUCGGGUUCCUGUACCCAGUUUCCAGAACUCCUUCAGUCAGGCUCUGGGACAGGCUCUAUCAAAGCUGGACAAUGGAAAUCAAACCCCAGCACCAGCUUUACCCAUGCCUGAUGAGAAAGGAGGAAAGAAGAAAAAGAAAAAGCAGAAGCUUCUGUUCAGCACCUCUAUGGUUCACACCAAGUAAACACUGAAGUUCACCCUGUCACUCCUCCUGCCUUAUCCUCCCUUUCGCUUAGCUUUCAUCAUAUCCCUUCCUUCUCCUCCUCCAUUUCCCUGUUCAAUGAGAUUCUUCUCCACAGGAAGUUCAAUAGGGUUCUGGUUUAGACUCUCUCUAGAUCAGAUCCAUAUAACUUUUCACUGUAGUUCUGUCCCGAUUCUCCAUUACUCUUAAGUUAAAUAUCGUGGUUGUUUGUUAAGGGUUGCACUGAUAGAUUUUGGGGGUCUUGCGGUCUCAGUCAGCCAGCUGCAGACACGUCCCGUCCACGUUUAUCAGACACCCUUUACCUCAACCAUGAUGCCCCAAUCUGAAUUCAAAUAAAACACAAAUGAAUUAAAACAAAACACUGAAAAAUGCAACAGAGGAAGAACGUGACGAGGAUUAAAUGCAUUUAAGUUCUUCCUGUGAUGCACAGACGCUCAAAACUAUGCUGAUUUGUACACAUUUCUGCUUGUUUGUACACACACACACA